AUGGUUCUCGCAGAUUUGGGAAAGAGCAUCAACCAAGCCCUCAGCUCGGUAACCCGGGCUACGGGAGACGUUGACGAAGAUACGCUCGAUGCCAUGCUGAACGAGAUCUCUAUGGCUCUUCUGAAGCACGAUGUCGGCCUGGCCCAAGUCGCUAAGCUCAAGACCAACAUCAAGAAAAAAGUCAAUAUCAAAGAGACCCUGCCGCAGAACCGCAAGCGCGUUAUUCAAAAGGCCGUGUUUGACGAGCUCUGUGCGCUAGUCGACACUCAGCAGGAGGUCUGGAAGCCCAAAAAGGGCCGCUCGAACGUCAUUAUGCUCGUGGGUUUGCAAGGUGCGGGUAAAACCACGACCUGCACGAAGCUUGCUGUCUACUUCCAGCGUCGGGGCUUCAAGACUGGUUUGGUUUGUGCCGACACGUUCCGUGCUGGUGCGUUCGAUCAGCUCAAGCAGAAUGCCACCCGUGCCAAAGUGCCGUUUUUCGGCUCGUACACCGAGCCUGAUCCGGUGGUUAUUGCCAAACAAGGUGUGGACAAGUUCAAGAAGGACAUGUUUGAUUUGAUCAUAGUCGACACGUCGGGUCGGCACCGUCAGGAGCAAGACUUGUUUGACGAGAUGGUCCAGAUCGGCGACGCCGUCAAGCCAGACCACACGUUGAUGGUUUUGGAUGCGUCAAUUGGCCAGGCUGCCCAGCUGCAAGCUUCUGCAUUCAAGGAAGCCGCCGACUUUGGUUCCAUUGUUCUCACAAAGAUGGACGGUCAUGCCAAAGGUGGUGGUGCAAUUUCUGCGGUCGCCGCAACCCAAACACCUAUUGCCUUUAUUGGUACCGGUGAGCAUAUUCACGACUUUGAGACCUUUUCGCCGCAGCAGUUUAUUUCCAAACUGCUUGGCAUCGGUGAUAUCCAGGGCUUGAUGGAGCAUGUGCAGACCCUCAAGCUUGAUCAGAAAGACACAAUCAAAAACCUGCAGGCAGGCAUUUUCACUCUGCGUGACUUGCGUACCCAAAUGGAGAACGUCAUGAAGCUGGGACCCUUGUCGAAGGUCGCCUCGAUGAUUCCUGGCAUGGCUCAGUUUGCCGACCAGCUUGGCGGCGAGGAUUCUAACCGGCGUCUCAAGGCCAUGGUAUACAUUAUGGAUUCAAUGACAAAGAAAGAGCUCGACAGCGACGGACAAAUCUUCAGAGACCAGCCAACCCGCGUAGUGCGAGUGGCCAAGGGCUCUGGAACUGCCGUGCGUGAAGUCGAAGAGGUUCUUGCUCAACAAAAGAUGAUGGCCGGUAUGGCCAAGAAGAUGGGCGGUAAAGACGGUCUUAUGAGCCGCAUGAAGGCAAUGCAGGGCGGCAAGGGCGAUGCACAGAUGGAACAGAUGCGUCGCCGCAUGGCCCAGAUGGGCGGCCGGGGUGGUAUGCCCGAUAUGAGCCAAAUGGCAAAUAUGUUUGGCGGCGGCGGUGGUAUGCCCGAUAUGAGCCAGCUCGCCGGUAUGUUUGGUAAUGGCGGCAUGCCCUCCAUGGGAGAUAUGAUGAAUAUGGUCAACUCCAACCCGCAGCUGCAGAGUAUGAUGCGCCAAUUUGGCGGUGGCAGCUAG